AUAUUGCAUUCUGUUAGGCUCCUUCCUUCCCUUGCAACUUCCCCACCCCAAAUACCGCCCCCUCCAGCCCAGGGCUCAAUAUCUUUCCUUUCCCUGAACGCCCCCUUCCUUCCCUUUUAAUUCCCCCCUCCCCAAUAUCACGCCUCUCUGUCCUGAGUUCAAGAUCUUCCGCAAAGGAAAACAAAACAAAAACACCCAUCUCUUGUUUCUCAUUCACCCCGCCCCCGCCUUAUACUGAGUUUCUCAGUUGUGCCAAUAAUAAUAAUAAUAAUAAUUACUGCUAGUCCUAGUUCUCUUUGGCUCCAGGAUGUUUCAAACGCUGCCUCUUCACUCCCCCAAAUAAUGCACAAUAGCACCUUUCGGGUCUGAACGCCCUCCCUCCAAAAUAUUUAUCUCUUUAAAAAUAAAACUCUGAGACCAAAGCUUACCCACCCCCAUCCCACCCAAUGUUUGAGGCAACUUGAGAGGGGCUUUUUAUAGUCUUCCCCACAUAAAAUUGGGAAUCCUUAACUGCCCCUUUCUCCGUUGUCCCCUAAGCCUCGUUACAGCCAAAGAACUCUUAGCAGGCCGCUGCCCAUCCCAAUCUCCACCCCAUACUGCCUCUUCUGUUCCCCAGGACUUCUGCCUUUCGAAGCUUUUGAGGGCCCAGCAGAACUUCACCUCAAGAAUAAAGCUGUGUUUGUCCCCGUAAAAAUCUUCAGAUCACCUCGAGUCCUCUGGAUCCAAGCAGUUUUGUGCACCUGCAGUUUUGGAAGGGGAAGUGUCCUUUUCCCCAUUUUAAUUUUACAUCCACCCCCCCCACCCGCUCCAUCUCAACACUUUCCCAUUGCCAAGGACAAACAGAUUGUGGAAGUUGGAGUCAAGACUUGGGGACAUGCUAAGGAACCUAUAGCAUUCCCCCCCCCCCCGAGGAAAGACCUAAUAGGGGCUAGAUGGUUCUUUUAGGUUUCUCUGAUUGGAUCCCCCAGUGUUGCAUCUGAACGCUGCAUACUUCCACUUAGCUAGCCCUCCCACUAGGGAUUUUUCCCUGGAGUAGGGAGAGGAGGUCCAAGUGCACCCUUGUUAGUUGGGUUGGCUGUCCUGGGUUUUCGCCAUGGCUGGCGCCAUUGCAUCUCGCAUGAGUUUCAGCUCUCUGAAGAGGAAGCAGCCCAAAACCUUCACGGUGCGGAUUAUUACCAUGGAGGCAGAGAUGGAGUUCAACUGCGAGGUAAAAUGGAAGGGGAAGGACCUGUUUGAUCUGGUGUGUAGGACGGUGGGACUCCGUGAGACAUGGUUCUUUGGACUGCAGUACAUGAUCAAGGACACUAUAGCCUGGCUCAAAAUGGACAAGAAGGUCCUAGACCAUGAUGUCCCAAAGGAGGAGCCGGUGACGUUUCAUUUCCUGGCGAAGUUUUACCCUGAGAAUGCCGAGGAGGAACUUGUCCAGGAGACAACUCAGCGCUUAUUCUUCCUUCAGGUAAAGAAGCAGAUCUUGGACGAGAAGAUCUACUGUCCCCCUGAGGCAUCUGUUCUCCUUGCCUCCUAUGCGGUCCAAGCCAAGUUUGGAGAUUACGACCCCACCGUUCACAAGCGUGGCUUCUUGGCCCAAGAGGAGUUGCUUCCAAAACGGGUGAUCAACCUGUACCAGAUGACCCCAGAAAUGUGGGAGGAAAGAAUCACUGCCUGGUACGGCCAGCAUCGAGGCAGAGCCAGCGACGAAGCUGAAAUGGAGUAUCUGAAGAUAGCCCAGGAUCUAGAGAUGUACGGUGUGAACUACUUCGCAAUUCGGAACAAGAAGGGAACCGAGCUAUUGCUUGGGGUUGAUGCCUUGGGUCUCCACAUAUAUGAUCCAGAAAACAAACUGACUCCUAAAAUUUCCUUCCCGUGGAAUGAGAUUCGGAACGUUUCUUACAGUGAUAAGGAGUUUACGAUAAAGCCCCUGGACAAAAAAAUCGACGUCUUCAAAUUCAACUCCUCCAAGCUGCGUGUGAAUAAACUGAUCCUUCAGCUGUGCAUUGGGAACCAUGACCUGUUCAUGAGGAGGAGGAAAGCCGAUUCCCUUGAAGUCCAGCAGAUGAAAGCCCAGGCCAGGGAGGAGAAGGCCAGGAAACAGCUGGAGCGCCAACGUUUAGCCCGAGAGAAGCAGAUGAGAGAAGAGGCGGAGCGAACGAGGGAUGAGUUGGAGAGGAGGCUGUUGCAAUUAAAAGAAGAGGCAACAAUGGCAAAUGAAGCCCUGAUGAGAUCUGAAGAAACAGCAGACCUGCUGGCUGAAAAAGCGCAGAUCACGGAAGAGGAAGCGAAGCUGCUCGCUCAGAAAGCAGCCGAAGCGGAGCAGGAGAUGCAGCGGAUCAAGGCUACGGCCAUCCGGACCGAGGAAGAGAAGCGGCUGAUGGAGCAGAAAGUGCUGGAGGCGGAGAUGCUGGCGCUGAAGAUGGCGGAAGAAUCUGAAAGAAGGGCAAAGGAGGCGGAUCAGCUCAAGCAGGACCUGCAGGAAGCCCGUGACUCUGAACGGAGAGCCAAGCAGAAACUCUUGGAAAUUACCAGCAAGUCAUCUUACACACAGCCCAUGAACUCCAGCACAGCCGCGCUGCCUGCCGAUUUGCCGACCUUCAGCCUCAUCAGCGAAAGCCUGUCCUUUGACUUCAAGGAUACCGACAUGAAGAGGCUGUCCAUGGAGAUAGAGAAAGAGAAGGUAGAGUACAUGGAAAAGAGCAAGCACCUUCAGGAGCAGCUGAAUGAGCUGAAAACCGAAAUCGAGGCUCUGAAGAUGAAGGAGCGGGAGACGGCGAUGGAUAUCUUGCACAAUGAGAACAGCGACCGGGGCAGUAGCAAGCACAACACCAUGAAGAAGCUCACCUUGCAGAGCACAAAGUCCCGCGUGGCCUUCUUCGAGGAGCUCUAGGAAGCGAGCCGGCACCGUUGUUCCUGAGCCAGCUCCCACCUGACACAACCUCCUUUUGAGGACUCGGCCACAACCGGCCACGACUCUCUCUCCUUCUGGGCCGCCGCCCUCGCAGCGACCCCCCACCCCAGCGUCCAGCCGCUGGAAGAGUUCGACGUGGUCCUCUCCAGCUUCGUACUUUGUAGUUUCGAAUAAUCUUUGUAUGCCGCACGGCUGUGAUGCACUCUUUAGCUUUCUUUCUCUUUUUCUAAAAGAAGUGUUUAUACGGAUUGCGAGCGACUUGUAUUAUCCUCCCGCGACAGGGACAUCAGCAUUACGUUUUCCCGACCUGCCCUCUUUUAGGGGCACUGUGAACGAUGCUUCCUCCUGCAGGCAAAGAGGGGCAGCUGCUUUCUGAAGCGCCCAUCUAUGGCUUUUAACCUCCCUGUCCACCCACUGCUCUCUGACAGCCCCCAUGCUGCGUUGUCAACAAAGUGGAGCCCUUGCCUUGCGCUUUGGUGGACGCCCUUUUCCUCCUCCUGAGCCAAUCAGAGGAGAGGGAGUGGAGGGGCUUUGAAGGCGCUCCCAUCUGGGUCUCUCUUGCAGGCAGAGAAGGCCAGAUUUUGCUCCGGGUUGGUGCUCAGCGUGCAAAAAGCCCCCUAGAAAACAAAAAAAGAUCAAUUUGCUUUAAGGCACAUCGUUGUUCUAAGCUCAGGAAUUGAGAUUUUGCAGAUUCUCGUUGGUUUGGGCAAGAACCGGGACAAGGAAGCAGAAAAGUGGGGGAUUUGAGGGCCUGGGCGCUCCCACCAAGGCAUUACCGAAAGCGCACCCUCCGUCAUUUGACAUUCGGAUCCUUCUGUGAAUUUUUAAUUUUUGAUAGGCAAUGCUGGCAUGUCUUUAUAAACGUUUCCUGCGCAGAUCUGGAAACGUGCUUUUUAAAACUAAACGGAGCACUACAUUGUGGCUUCACGCUUCCUGAACGGUGUAUAACUUGUGCAAGGACACAUGGCCUUAACUGCUGUGGGGUGGCUGCUAAGAGAUCAAAUUGGGUGCACUCUUUCUCCCCCCGUCCCCCCCCCCCCAGGUUCUCAGGCUCUAGUGAUUUGAUCUUUGGCCAUUAAAAAAGAAAAGUACAUUAAAAUACCUCGAGACAUGCCUCACUUUAAAAUAUCUCAGUUAAUUUUCUCACCUUCGGGCGUCCGUACUGCCUGGGCUCCCUUUUUCAACCUCUGUUCAACGAGUAGAAUAAGGAAUGUGCCCUUUUAAAGGUAAUUUUUUUUACCAGGCCCAGGUGAACGUUCAAAGCUGUAUUGCUGCCCAAACUCCCUGCAGCUAUGGUUUUCUACCACCACCACGAUUAUGUAUUCCAUUGAUCUAAACAUUAGAGAACAAAAUGAGGGGGGGAACAAGGGGAAAGCUAAAAUUACACGAGUGUUUUCUCAAGUGUGGGAUCGAGAGUUUCUGGGAUUGCAAGGUGCCAGUGCCUUAGCGACAAAAUCCCAAGUCAGUCUGAAUCUCGCAACCCUGUUUAACAAGAUCCUUGCUUAAAGAAAAUGCAUCAGUUAAGAUCCAAUCCAAGAUCUCAUUGGCACGACUGCUAGAUUCAGACACUGACUCGGCUUCUGUUUUGUAUCUCCAGUAACUAAAAAAAAAAAAGGGUUUUUUUUUUUGGAUGCAGCAAGCCGAGUUUUCUAGAUAGCUGAAAAGAGCAGCUGCUAUCUUUUUUUGAGGUAAGGGAAAUAAAUCACUGAGAGCUUUCUCUCUUGCCAGUAAAGGCAAGCCACAUUUUUGGGUUAGUUCAGGGAUGGAGAACCCCUGUGCCUCUCUAGACGACGUUGGACUGCAACUCCCACCAUCCUCGGCCAUGCUGACUUGGGCUGAUGGGAGUUGGGGACAAACUGCGUCUGCCCUGUAUUAGCUUGUCAAAACCAUUUGUAAGUAUCGGACAGUUUCUAGGUGUUUGCGCUCACCAGCAAAUCCCGGUGGACGUUUGUAUCUGAGAUUUCAGUUGACAUGGGUGUCUGGCCGCUAUAAAGCCACCCCCCCCCCUGCAAGGCCAGCAGUGAUCAAAACUGUUCCAGCUUUUCAGACACGACUUGCGAGGCGCGUUGAUGCUUUCACACACAGUAAUGAACUUUCCGCUUUAGUAUUUCUCAGCUGCGAUUUAAUUGGGGUCAGAUGACCCUAGUAGACAGCACUUAACGCGGUUACAAGAACCCAGGUAGACAGCACUUAAUUCUAAGGCAGGUAUCCUCAGCCUCAUGCCUUCGAAAACGCUUCUGUCGUGCUGCUUCACCCCGUAUGAAGUGGGCUUGCGGUUUCCCCAUGGCCUGCAGUUUGGCUGUAGGGAGGUGCCUCUGAGCACGGAUAGAAAGCCUUCCCCUUGGCAUUGAGGGAAGCGUCACUUUUUAUGCCCAUGUUCUGAAAGGUGGGGGCACAUCAGGUCUGUAAACAGAGAAGUGGUCCCGUGCAAAGGCGCUGCGAUUGGCCCCUGGCUGGCAUGUGAUCCUUGCGUGUUUCCGCAGACGCAUCUUUCCUUGGAAUGGACGCUAUAAGACUAGUCCGACAAAUGUGUGUGCCGUUCCCAUGUGUGCUGCAAUGCAGGCACAGCCUUGCCCACCCCGCCCCACGCUCUGGGUUUGCCUCUAGGCCGGGGGUGGGCAACCAUUUUGGGCCCAUUUGGCAAUUUGGGAAACUGGUGGGCACCACCACAAAAUGGCUGCCAUCGGAGGCGGGGCAAAGGACAAGGAACCUGUCCUAGAGACUGGGUACAAGGCAGAGGAGGGGACGGAGCCCCAACACCGUUUUCAACACCCACCGAAACCUAUUUCCCAGAAUUCAAACUUUUCCAGUCCCCUCGCUCAACUCAUUUCCCCGUCUCUUUUCUUUCUCUCUUACUCUGGAUCACCACCAAACAAGGAAAGGGUAGGGCUCCCAGAAAUAUGUCUGCGGGGAGCGGGGUUGGUGCAUUGGUGCGUGCAGGUACUAUGUUGCCUCCCCCUGCUCUAGGCUGUUGGGCUUGGGAGCAAGCUGCUAUGCAGGCCUGGCUUUCUGCCACGGCUCUCCCGGGUCCUUCCUUCCGCCCACGCCUAUCCCAGGGUAUUUGUGUGCUGUAGAUGGGCAGCCAUGCUGCAGCGGUGUUGCGAAAAGACACACGGAGAAGAAGCUCGAAACGCGUCCGAUGCCUCAUUUAUGAAGUAGCCCCAGGCUGGGGUAGCCGGCCCUUGCUUAUAGGGAAAGGCUUCCGGCUUGGGGUGGGGGUGUCCUGUCUCCAGGCACAUUUGAGGCCCCAGAACAGCUGCUGAAUUCCAAGCAUGUACAUUUGUCCCAGAUGUCCGUGCCAGAAUUUAGUGCAAUGCGCCUCUUUUUCCUGACUUGUUUUAGCAGUUGUGUUCUCUCGAUUCUUACAUUUUUUAAAAAGUAAAUAAAUCUGUGUCUGUACUUAAUAUUUUUUUUAAAGAAAGCUAUGUCUGAAAUUCAGAUAUCUGAAGUGUCCUAGCCCCACCCUGCUUUUGUUCCUUUAUGCGGGGGUCUUGGUACAGAUGAGACCCACCUUUUUCCCCCUAUUUCUGUGGAUUAUUAUAUGCUCUGACUGUUUCUCAUGUUGGUUUGAAUAAAAACCCCAAGCACUUGGGAGAGAGCAGUU